AUGGCAGAUCAAGACAGUCGGAUGGCCUUUGAUCCUCACACGUUCAGACAACCCGAUUUCAGCGUGAGCAUCUUCAUCGCGGGCCUCACGGAUCAGCUCAUAGCAGACGCCAAGAACCCAUCUUCGAGCUUGGAUCCACAGCCUUUCCUGCAGCUAUUCGAGACAACAGUCGAUCAGCUCUUACCGUUGAGACGUCAAGUCGCCUCUCAGACGACUUCAAUCGAGAAAGCUGUCGCCGCGUCUGAACGAGCUUACUCGCUCAAAGUCAGGGAGCUUAAGGACAACUUCACGGCUGUUUCUGGGUCAUUCGGCAAUCUCGAGAAACGCAUCUCUGAGGUCGGUAGCACGGCAAUACGCAUAGGUGAGCAGCUCGAAUCGAUAGAUCGACUGCGCAAGCGCGCUUCGGACGCGCGAGAUGUCAUACAAUACUAUCAUGACUUCUCCAGAGGCGAUACGUCCCGUCUCGAUGCUAUGCGCAAGUCUGGUCGAGAGGGGCGAGCACAAGCUGCCGUACUCAUUCGCAGGCUAUCCAGUGUCGCACGAGAAAUAGAGGAUAUCGAAGGCGGCGAAAAGACCUGCGAUGCGAUUGAAAAGUAUUGCGAGGCUUUCGAGAAGGAGGUCCUCAAGCUCUUCGAUCGUUACUAUCGCAAGGGGGAUCCGAAGAUGAUGGCCCACUGUGCGCGGACGUUACUCGAUUUCAACGGAGGCCUCUCAUGUAUACAGAUCUACGUCAAUCAGCACGACUUUUUCAUCUCAAAGGAUCGCAUACAGGACAUCGGCGCCAUUACCCAGAGUGAAAUGUGGGACACCCUCCCGGACCCAAAUGCACCUGCCCCCUCUGCCGAGCCAGGCCUCGAUGACUUGUACCAAGAGAUCCGGCUGACGGUCACUCAGGAGGCCCAAAUCAUCCGCGCUGUCUUCCCAGAUCCUCCGGCGGUCAUGCAGGUCUUCCUGCAGCGAGUCUUUGCUCAGGUCAUACAGCCCUUUGGCGAGCAACUCAUCACGACCGCCAGCAUGACCUCAACGCUUGCCUUCCUACGCAUGCUUCACUUUGUUCAUUCGCGCACCAUUGCGCUUGUCGAGGAUCUAAAGUCUAAUGACUUUUUCAAGACUACCACAGAUGCUGCCUCUCGAUACGCUAUCACGGCCAGCGGACAGACAUCCGACGCUGCAGCACUCACUGCGCCCGGUACGACGGCGCUCGCUGCAAUGCUUGACCAGGCAGUCGAGGAAGUUUUUGUGCAGCAUCUCGAAGGUGCAAGAUAUCUCGAUAGAGAGAGCAAGAGCCUCACAGAGCUCUAUGCCGGGUACUUGCUGCGCUUUGCGAACUACCAUCUUUCCACUCAUAAAACAAAGACGACUAAUACUCUAUUUGACAAGCUAGUUUCUCAGAUGACCGCUGCAGCUCAAAGCGCGCACAUCGGAGGACAUGCUACGACCGAGGAGGAUCAAGCGAUGCCAGACUCGCCUCAGCAAGGAUCUGGCGAGCCAAUACGAGGGGCAAAGACACUGUUGAAACUCAGUUCGCUGACCAACAAUUUUGGCACCGGCAGCAAGACGCAUAGCCUCGAACACUUUUCGCCUGUCGAAGGCGAGCUACGGCUCGAUGUGGCAGAGACGAUCCUGAAGUGGCACUCUGAGGCGUUAGGAAGGAUGGUCGAGCUAUCCCCGCCCGCGGAAGUGCCCAAGAAUGCACUUGCGCUCAUGAAAGUACUUGCAGAAAACAUUGGGCGAGCCUACGUCGAGACUUCCCUAAGCACAAUUUCGACGCAGGUAUCUGAUCAUGAAAGCAAGAUGAUGCCUGACCUGACUCAUCUCUCCACACUACAUACCAUCGACUUGAUCUUACAUCUAUGGCAACGCUAUCUUGCGGUCGCUAUUUUGCCUCUGGCGGGAGGCUCCGUGACGGUUCGGAGGGAGAUGGCUAGCUUUCAGACUCACGUUGGAAUGCGCAUCGAAGGCAAGAUCAACGAAGUACUGGCCCAUCUAAUUGACGGGGUCGUGAGCUGGCUAGCCCAAAUGCUGUCCAGCAAGCAGAAGAAAUCGGACUUUAAGCCCAAAAACGACGAUGUCGCCUUCUCCAGGGUCAACACAGAGCCGUGCAUAGCUUGUACAGACUAUCUAGCGCUCGUGCUCGAGACGACACGGGGCACACUAUCUGGCAAGAACUGCGAGACCGUGCUGACUGAAAUCGGCGUGUCUUUCCACAGCUUGCUGCUUGAUCAUUUCAAGCGUUACGUCGUCAGCGCGGCUGGCGGCCUUAUGCUCACCAAAGAUCUUGCUCUCUAUCAAGACAGCAUCGCAGCUUUUGGUAUAUCCACACUGUCAGAUCGCUUCGACAUGCUACGGCAGCUCGGCAACGUCUUCAUCGUGCGGCCCGAAAUUCUCAAAUCCUACCUUUCGGAGGGACAUCUUGCGCGUAUCGAGCCAAAUCUAUUGCGAGCGUACCUCACGCAGCGAAGCGACUAUAGUGAUUUCCCGCAGAAGACCUGGAAUGACAUUGUUGGCGCAGAAAUCGCCGAUACGACUGUUGGCGGAUUCGGUCGUCGCAUCGGCGAGCGGCUCAACUUUGACUUCAAAAUUAGCGAUCUCUCGUUCUCGAGCUUAGACCAGUCGAGUGCUUUCAGUCGAUCCAAAGUCUUUGCAUAG